GAGGAGGAGAGGUGCGGGGCGAUGGAGCCGUGGCGGCGGGGGUCGCUGCGGUCGGCGACGCUGUGGAAGCGGCUGAGCCUGGGCCGGGCCCCGGGGCCGCCGUCGGGGCCGUGGUGGGGGCUGCGGGGGCCGGGCCGGAGGCGGGACGGAGGUCCCCUCGGCCGGGCCGGGGAGCCGGGCGGCCACCACCAGGAGUACAGCGACCGAGAGGUCACCCGAGAGCUCCGGGGCCGAGGCCCCGACGGCCGCCGCCUGCCCCUCCGCCCCGACGGGGAGCCCGCGCCCCUGCCGCCGCCCAAGCCGCCGCGCCUCUAUCGCGACAGCUGCAGCUGUCCCAACAUCCUGGACCCGCCGCCCGCCUUCGACGCCACCCUGCCCAACGCGCGCUCCCUGGCCGGGCCCCUCCGCCGCCGCGACGACGACGACGACGACGACGAGGACGACGACGAGGAGAAGCCCACCGACGCCCGGCCCCGCCACCGUCCCCCCGACCCUCACCCCUCCCCGGCCGACCUCGACGACCCCCUCCUCUCCUUCCGGCUGGACCUGGGCCUGCCGCUGCUGGAGGAGGUGCUACAGACGCUGCGGGAGCGCUUCCCCCGCGAGCACGGCGGCUGAACCGGACCGGCCGGGGCCCGCGGAC